CAGGGCUCCCAGGUAGAGAAUCCUUCCCUGAGGUGUUGAAAAGCGAGUUAACCCGGUGCAAGGCUUUCUGGAAAGAAGAAUGUGCAAAUACGGAUGGCAAGAUCUGUGAACAGGCCAGUGUGGGCUUCGUUCUCUAACCUUGAAACUCUACAGAUGUUAUACCCGAGCUUUGCUUGAACGCAGCAGAAACCUUAAAGGUAGACGCUGUCAGAGACCCCAGAACUGCCCACUGUCAAAUUCUGUACUCAGCCUAAGGCCAGCACGAGCAGAUUUCCUCCCUAGAUCAAGCCUGAGUCAGAGUAGAUUAAACAGCGGCACGCAGAGAUGUCAGGACUUCAUCCCUGGAGCCUGCAAAUGCUACUUUAUGUGGUACAACGCCUGUGUGGAGACGGAGGUAUGUUUUGGGAUCAUGGUGAUGCUCAUCAUAUGCAACUACUGGUUCCUUUACAUCCCAUAUCUGACUUGGCUCUACUUCGACUGGCAAACCCCAGAGCAAGGAGGCAGGAAAUCCAACUGGGUCCGAAGCUGGACUGUGUGGAGGCAUUUUAAGGACUAUUUUCCGAUCCACCUCAUCAAAACCCAGGAUUUGGAUCUAGGGCACAAUUAUAUAUUUGGAUUUCACCCUCAUGGAAUACUCGUGCCUGGAGCCUUUGGAAAUUUUUGCACAAAUUACUCGGACUUCAAGAAGCUAUUUCCUGGUUUUACGUCAUAUCUCCAUGUGACCUCCUGCUGGCUCCCGACCCCAUUCUUCCGAGAGUAUCUGAUGAGCUUUGGGAUGGUUUCCGUUUCUAAGAAGAGUGUGUCCCAUGUGUUGAGCAAGAGUGACGGUGGGAACAUUUCCGUCAUUGUCCUUGGGGGUGCAAGGGAGUCACUGGAGGCCCAGCCAGAAAAAUGCGCCCUCUAUAUCCGCCAGCGCAAAGGAUUUAUUAAGAUGGCCUUGACCCAUGGUGCCCAUUUGGUCCCGGUGUUUUCUUUUGGUGAAAAUGAACUUUACAAACAAAUUAACAACCCCGAAGGCUCAUGGCUUCGGACGGUACAAGAGAUAGUCCUGAAGUUAAUGGGAUUUCCCCUGCCACUGUUCUAUGCCAGAGGACUUUUCCAGUACAGCUUUGGCCUAAUGCCCUACCGGAAACCAAUCCACACCGUUGUUGGCCGCCCCAUCCCUGUCCGGCAGACUCUGCACCCGACCCCAGAGCAGAUGGAGGAGCUGCUUCAGACCUACAUGGAGGAGCUGAGGAAACUCUUCGAUGAGCACAAAGCGAAGUACGGUAUUCCAGAAAACAAAACUCUGGUUUUUAAAUGACUCUCCUCCUCCAAGGCAUAAAGGAAGACAAGAGAGCACUGAGAAAAUAAAUAUUUUAAAUAAGUUCA